AAUCAGUGCAGCCAUUGCAUACAUAGGUUCACAACUGUACUGAACAGUCUACACGUUGAACGUGCGGAGGAGAAAAUACAGGGGGAGAAAUUCACCAGUUCUUCAGCGUCUUUACUGUCUGCCAAAGCUAUACCGCUAUGGCAAAGGAAGGAGUGGAGAAAGCAGAGGAGACUGAACAUAUGAUAGAAAAGGAUGGAGGCAAGGAUCAGGAAAGUGUGCUGACUGUAGGGGACACCAAGGAGAUGCGUGCCGUGGUCCUGGCUGGGUUUGGGGGGCUCAACAAGCUCAGGGUAACCAAGAAGGCAAUGCCGGAACCUCUGGAGGGGGAGGUCAAAAUCCGAGUUAAAGCCUGUGGCCUGAACUUUUUAGACUUGAUGGUUCGACAAGGAAAUAUCGAUAACCCGCCAAAGACUCCUCUUGUUCCUGGAUUUGAAUGCUCUGGGAUUGUUGAAGCUCUAGGAGAAAACACUAAAGGAUUUGAGAUCGGGGAUCGGGUCAUGGCCUUUGUGAAUUACAAUGCCUGGGCGGAAGUUGUGUGCACUCCCCUGGAGUUUGUCUAUAAGAUCCCGGAUGGCAUGACUUUCCCAGAGGCUGCUGCCUUCUCUAUGAACUUCGUUGCUGCCUACAUGAUGCUGUUUGAAGUUGCCAAUCUGAGGGAGGGGAUGUCUGUGUUGGUUCACUCAGCCGGAGGAGGGAUGGGUCAAGCCGUCGCUCAGCUCUGCUCCACUGUUCCCAAUGUCACAGUCUUUGGAACAGCCUCACCCUUCAAGCAUGAAGCCAUCAAGGAUUCCGUCACUCAUCUCUUUGACAGAAACGUUGAUUAUGUCCCAGAAGUUAAAAAAAUAUCCCCAGAAGGAGUAGAUAUCGUCCUGGAUUGUUUAUGUGGAGAGAAUACAGGCAAAGGUCUUGGUCUUCUUAAACCACUGGGAACUUACAUCUUGUAUGGUUCAUCAAACAUGGUUACUGGGGAAACAAAAAGCUUUUUCAGUUUGGCUAAAUCUUGGUGGCAGGUGGAGAAGGUGAACCCUAUAAAACUCUAUGAUGAGAAUAAAGUGAUUGCUGGAUUUUCACUGCUAAACCUUCUUUUCAAACAAGGCAGAAGCAGCCUGGUAAAGAUAGUGGUGGACAAACUAAUUUCCCUCUACAACGCAAGGAAGAUCAAACCACUGGUAGAUUCAUUAUGGGCUCUAGAGGAGGUAAAAGAGGCCAUGCAGAGGAUCCACGACAGGGGCAACAUAGGAAAGCUGAUCCUGGAUGUGGAGAAGUCUCCUACUCCCCUGAUGGCCAAUGACAGCACAGAGACGAGUGAGGCAGGGGAGGAGGAGGAGGAGGAGGAGGACCAUGAGGGGGACACAGACAAGGAAAGGAUGCCUUUUAUCCAGUAACUCUACAGGGAGGUCAUGCACAGAAGAGAAGGAGGGGGAGGAAGAAGGAUUGAGAGAGACCCGGGACCUGCCUUGACCAUCAGUGAACAAAUGCCAUAGUACAGUGUGUGUGUUGUGUUUGUCUGCCAGUCAGCUGAGCUGUAUGCUGUUUGAAAACUAAUUGUGGCUUGUCAAACAACUGAAGUGCCAUUCCCAGUGCAGUAUUAUUUCGUGUUACCGAGUGAGCCGUUGUUCCCAGAUGCUUUUGUCUUGUUUAUAGCCUCUCCCAGGGGCUAUUGUUGUGUGUGUGACAUAUUUUCUGAGCAUUCCCGAUUUUUAUUUAAAAAAAAAAAAAAAAAAAAAAAGGAAAGAAAACCACUUUGCUGCUUCUCUCUCGUUUACUGUAGCUAGUGCGCUGUUCUCUAUCCUGAAUGGCUCCUUAAGGGGGCUACAGCUUGAACAAGCCCACUUUACACAAGCCCUCUACACAUCCUUUUACAGUGGCCACUACACUUCUGAUAUUAUUGUUUAACAUUCAAGGGUUUCUUUGAAUGUGAGCGAUCUAGAAUUAUUUAAUUUAUGCCACAUGCAGUGUUUGAAAUAUCAUUUUAAUUACUAUUUUACAUUGAGUGGUUCCAUAAAUUCAUUAUCUCUCAACUCUGCAUUUAGCUGGCUGUGAGGUUGUCUGGAGAAUCCCAGGUAACCAGCCUUCCUUAUUCCUUACACAUCAUGUGACAAUAGAACCUUUCAACUCUGAGUGGAAAUGUCAUACUGUCACAUGAUUUGUAUGGAUUUAGGUAGGCUGUUCAGUGCUGGAAUCUCCAAGCAAGGCAGAUUCAGAGAACAAUUAUAUUAAAUCAAUAUUGGAGAAACCAAAAACCACUCAGAAUUAUUGCAAAUGUAAAGGGUAACAAAAAAGCAAAUAAAAGGACACUCUUAAAUUGAGCCAGAUUAAAUUAAAGAAAUGCAGCUCCAUUACAGAUACAGUAGCAACUCUUAAGUGCCAUUAUACACAUGUCUCUAUAGACAAUAAACAUGUCAAUAGCAGUGCUGCAAUUUUCAUUUACAAAUGAAUCACAUUAAAGCAGAAUUGCAUCCAACAGGGAAUGACAUGAUAAAAUGAGUCAAGGACCAUUAUUAUUUUAAGAACACUGAGGUUCUAGUAAUUUAAUACAAAUAAAAAUAAGGUUGAGAUGAAUAUUGAGAGAAAAAACACUUAAUGUCUCUUAUUAGAUUCAGAAUUUAUUUUCUGUCAGCUUACUAAGUGUAGAAUGAAUAUCAUUUUAUUUGACAUAGCAGCAGAAUUCUAGUUUCGCUGGUUUAAACAGGCUAAUUAAAUCUACAUAUUCAAACAUAACAGAUUUUUUUUGUAAAUUUUAAUUUCAUCAAUAUUCACUUUAUAAUCACUCACUCCACAAUUCCAUAAUAACAAAAUUGAAUGGACAAGAAACAUGUAACUUUGACAGGAAAUAUUCCUGCAAAAAGGGCAGAAUUCAAAGGCAACCCCUUAACAGUGCAACUCACCUGCUUACAGUACAUUUAUAUGAAUGGAUUAAAGCAAGUGGUUUGUAUUUUAAUACAAAUGUAUGCCUCUUUAUUCAACAGUGCCUGUGGAAUGUGUUUCUGCUAAAUGAGAAGCAGAAUCAGCAAAGUGGUUAAAAAUGAUACUGAUAUUUUAUAUUUUGAUGGUUCUGUGCGUGAGUUAAGUGGAGUUCCCCUGCCAGUGCCUGUACUGUGUGUGUGUGUGCGAUACAUCACAACCGAGUGCCAAUAAGCAGGACAUCUUUAAUCAAAUUCAAUUAUGGAUCUACUUGAAAGUCCAGCUCAGUGACAGUAUUAAAAUGGCUGCAUACAUUUUUAACUGCUAAAAUACAAGUCUUGUUCACCAUUAGGUAUUGUUAUCCCUUCUGGCAAAAGAUGGAAUUGAAGCUUCCCCACAGACAAUCCCAAUACAUGCUUUCUCGAGCUGCAAACUUAAGGAUAUUACAUUGAGACAGCGUGCUGGAAAUGUACUGACACACUGCCUCAAGGGCAUUCCUGUGUUGCUUUAAUUAGUAUUAAAUUGCACAAAACCAUUUGCACAGCAGUUUGAAAAACAGAUAAGAGUAGAUGUAACAUUUAAAGAAGGUCAGUCUGAUUUUGAGUACAGCACUUAGCACACCCUUAUAAAAGUGUAUUAUAGUAAAAGCAUAGCAAAGUGUAAUAAAGCACUGUGAAAGCAUGGUAAAGAAUAGGGAGGCAUGGUAAAGCAUAGACUAUUAAUAAAUAUGGAAAACCAAGGUAAACUAUGGUAAAUGCUUUGUAUAACUAAGGGAAACGCAUCGUAAAACUGCAAAAAUAUUGUGGGCUGCAUUGUCACCAUGUUAAGGUAUAAUAUAUAUUGGAAACAACUGAGGCACAGCUUGGCGCCAAAUAUAGUAUAGCAUUAAUUCAUUAAUCAAACAUUGAUCAUACCCAGGGCACUGUCAUCUGCCUCUCCAAAAAACUGAGGAUAUGAGAUGGCCUUGAGUGAAAUAUGUAGAGGGAACAGGAAGAGAAAGAAAUUGAGUGUUGUAGUCUCAGUAAACCAUAGCAAACCUUUACAAAGAAAAUGAUAAACAAAUCUGAAGCUAUUUACUCCUUCAUCCAGCUCUUGUUUUUAACAAAGUUUCUAAUUAGAAUUCUGGUUUGACAGAUUGGACUGCUAGAAUGAACGACCAUAGCAUUAACAGAUGGGAUUCCAGCAUACAUCCAUAGUUGAACUUCCCUUCAGAUGUCCUUUAUAGGUGGUGUCUUAAUCUAGACUACCCAUCAGUAUAUCUGUCAGUUUAAGAGGAUAGGUAGCUGCUCAGUUUGCCUUAAGAAACUGCGUAGGCCUAUUUAUUAGCGGGAGCCUGGUUACAGAUAAUUGGUUUGACUGUAUUUGUUGUGGUAGUGCUUUUGUUAUAUUGUGCAUAUAAAGCCAAUUCUGUUUACAUACAAAUACAUAAAUAAACUGAUCAGCAUAGCAAAAUUGUGAGAGUUGGGUCCUAUUUUCGCUUGUUAUUUUAUUGAAAGACAGCGACAAAAACCUCUGUUCAGGAAGCUUGCUUCUCCCAGUUUAAAUAUUGCCCAACGCUGGAUUGUCUACAAGCUGAGAAAGGCACAUAUACCUGAAAGAUCAGGUAUAUAAUGAGGUUAUAAAAACAGCAUCUAAUGUACUUGAAGUAAAAUAUUCCAAUGACUGGAAAGACCUUUACUGUGUUAUUCCAUGGUAACAAACCAUUAAAAUCAUUUUGAAUACUCUACUGUACCUUAGAAAUACUCCCUGCGCAAAGUUCUGAUUGUUAUAGAAAUGCAUUUCUUGAUCUACUGAAAAAGUCUACAAUGGAUAAGGAUAAGAUCAAAUGGAAAUUAAGUGAACAAAAAAAUGUUAAUCUUAUUGCAUAGAUGGAAGGUUCUGAAUUCUGGAGUAGAAAAAGCCAACCUCCCAAUUUAGCUAAAUGAUGCGUUGGUUAAAUGGCCUCUUUAAAACUAAAAUGUUUUUCAUUACUGAUGUACUUAUAAAAGCCACAUCCAGACACCGUGUGCAGCCUCCCCCACACAUCUUCGCUGGUGCCAUUCAGCACAUUCAACACGAAGCAGAGAUUGACAAUUAUAGUGGUUUGCAGAAGUAUUCGCUCCCUACCAAUAAUGUCACAUUUUGUUGAAUUACAAAUCAUUUAUGCACAGUUUUUCAAACAAACUUUUUUUAUUCAACGCUGUAGUGGUUAAACUGAACACUGUUAUAUGAGGAGGUUAAAUGUCAGCAAAACUUGCAAAGAAAAUGUACAAAAUGAAAUUUACUGGUUGCAUAAGUAUUCAUCCCCAGUCAGUACACCUUUUUCAUGAAUUACUGCUAUGAGUCUUUUUGGAUAGGUCUCUGCUAGCUUUGCACAGUAGGAUGGUGAUAUUUUUGCUACAAAACCUUUGACUGGAAUUUUUAGAAUUUUUUCUACAGUGUGUUGUUAAAGAAACAAUCUAAAACAGUUUCAGGAAUAUCAAACUAUUUUUUCUUAAUAAUAAUAAUAAAAAUACUCUGAAUAAACAUUCUUUGAAUGAGUUAAACUUCAAAAUAAAAUAAAAAUAUUGUUUUGAAAUUAUGCCUUUAAACAAAAUAUUUGGAAACUAUAAGAAUAUCAUCUACUGUACCUUCUAUAUGAUGGAGUGCUGUUACUGUCCCUCCUCACCGUACCUGACAACAACAUUCAAAAGCAAUAAGAAGGAUAUAACUGCAUUAUAUAAGGAGAUAUUUGAUUAUUUAUAACUGGAUUAAGCAGGUACCAUAAUGUGUAGCACAUUGUGAAGUUAUACACAAAUACAGAUAUUCAUAUUCAAUAACAACACAAUGAGAAUGCUAAUAAACUUCAUGAAAUUGACUUGAAAUCUCAGUCAGUAAUUGGAGUUGGUAAAUCACUAGAAGUCAUCACUGCAAAUGAACUUAAUAAAAAGCUAAUAAAUAACAGUCUAUCUAUAAACAAAUAAAGCUUUGGUAUAAUAGAACAGUUCAUUAUACUGUCUGGUCAUUCUUCUUUAAAGAAUGACCAGGCAGUAUUUGGCGAAUGUAUUCUUUAUCAUGGUGUUUGAUAGCCUGCUGUGUUCUAAAGCAUUGGCUCCAAUCACCAUGGCAGAAAAUAAAUGCAGCUCCCUUGCCAGCAUUAUUAAAAUAACUUAAUCUAACCCUGAAGGAAUCAUUUAGAGUUUCGAACAAUACAUGAAGACUAUAGUAAUGCAUAUUGCAGAUUCCUGCUAAGCCACCAGUAUUAGGUGUACACCACAUUGUCAGGCUUGAGAAUCAUUAAGACAGGUAGAUCUAAUCACAGGGAGUACUGUGGCAGAUCAUCUAAGAACAUGCUGAUUUGACAGCACCUGUGCAAUGGAUCUGGUAAGCAACCUGAUCCCAGGGCAGAUGUUUAUGGAUUAUCAGCGAGAGGCCUACCAGAAAUAAACCAAUUUGCGGAGUGAAAUAGAUCCGCAGAAGGCCAGUGGGGAAGAGAUGCAGGUUAAUUCCAAACACUUCAAAACUGCACAGUGUAUGUGAGAAAUGAGCAGGGCCCUUUACUGUGGUAUUCCAUAUAAGGGACAGAUGAGGCAGUUGUUUUGAUUGUAUUAUCUAAAAGGCUUCAGAAAAGACGAGUUUGUCUGAACAACAUCUCUAACAGUUUUUUUUGGAGAUACUUUUUGGAGAUACUUUUUGGAGCCACGUAUGUUCAAAUCGAUGACCUGCUUUGUUGGAGAACAGUAGGGGUUAUACAGAUGGAGUCCUUGUAUUCCGGAAUAUAGAAAAGCUUCAAACUGAGUGACUCAAGGGCUAUUUCUAGAGAAUAGGCUUUGAUAUACAGUAAGACCUUAUACUGUAGGGGUAAAAGAGUUUAUUAAAUUAUCAGCUGUUAAACAGAGACAUCUAGUGGACAUUUGGGUUAUUUAUAAUAUACUGUAUGUUCUGUAAAUUGUUUACUGAAUAUAGAAUGGAUUGCAUAGCUAGACUGACAGUGAACUAGCACCUUAACUUGUGUCACCACAGACUGUGGCUUACUUAUUAAUGUUUUUAACUUAAUUUUAAUCAUUUAAUAAGAACAGUCAGCAUGGUUGCAAACAACAUAAAACUGUAUGGAGAGAAGACAAUGAAAUUUGAAGUUACUUACUCUUUAAUGAAAAAGCAAAAUGCUAAUGAUGUGACAAAACAGCGCAGGCCUUUACAAAGUUAUAACAUCUUUAUAAAGCUCUGUUAUUCAGCACAUGCAGCAUUUAGCAUAUCUAUAAUGACAUUACAGAACCAGAGUCAAGCCAUCGUUCCUUACAACUAUUAUGGCUAAAUAAAUUUUGCUUUCUUUUCAAAAUACUUCUGAACUAUUUCAAGACCACAAUCCAAAAUGACGUGACUGCAGAAUAAAAUACAUACGUAGAUGCUUAUUCAAGUGUUUUCACUCAAACAUGUAGAUAGAAAGGUUCAGAUAGAUGUUUACCAAAAUAUUCACUCUCCCCCUACACACACAGGACUUGAAAUGAAGAUGCAUGAUCAAAAACCUACCCAGUAUACAUGCGCUUACAAAUAUCAUUAAAACAGACAUAAUCACCCUCUUACUAGUUUACUAAUGUAAAAAAUGUUUGUUUUGUAGCAGCACAUCCUAAGUACCAUGAGCAUAAGAGCCCUUUCUACAUCUCCAACAUAAUAGCCUGCCAUUAGCUUUACAUAUUUCACUUAAUGGACAAUUUUCUGUUUCUGCUUCUUGAAAAAAAGAUUUGGAAAAUGUUAAUAUAGAUGUUAAAGGUUUACUCUACUUUAUGUACUGGAGUUGUACUCCUCUCUAAUUGGGGUGGUAGCCUUUGUCCUUUCACGGGUGAAUGUUAAUCUGCUUAUAUGUCAGAUAAUAUUCAAAAAGUAAUGAGACCUUGUGCCUAGUCUGGUGUUAUUUUGGUAUUAGUAUUUAUUUAUUUGGCAGACACCUUUAUCCAAGGUGACUUAAUUUUCUAUUAUUAUCUCCAGUCAAAUAUACUGUAUAUAUUAGGAAUAAUAUCUUAUUUUAAAUUGUGGUGCGUGUGGAAAAGGAUUUAUCUGUAAAUAUAACAAAAAAGUACAUAAAAAACUUGUAAGGGGCAGCAGGAUGUGAGCGUGCAAGUUUUGUGACUCCAGACCAGUGCGCAAACCACCGGGCUACAAGGACAAGACCGUGAACUCAUCUUACAUUAACUGGCCCUAGAUCAGCCCCAGGUAACAAUCAAUUUGGACCUCAAAGCCACAUCGUGCUUUUAUGUGGAACACUGGCUAUUGGGGAGCUAGUUGAGACCACCAAACACAUGUCUUUUGUGAUGGGAGCCGGAAUUCAAUCUGGGUCUCCUCCUGAAAGGCGUUUAAAACAAGUGAACUAUAUCGUGUUGUUGUAUCAAAGGAUAAAAAGAUUUGGAAUCUCAAUGAAAGAGACUCUACUUUGUAAUAACGAUUCUCAACCUGGCCAAGCUUACAGGGCCAGCCCUUGUGUAAAAUCAGAUUCCUUAUAACAUGCUCCCGUUCUAUAUAUAGUCAGUAGCAGCUAGGUACUGUAAAUGGCACCAUUCUCUGGGAGUAACAAACACUAUAUUCAUUAACACUAACAGCACAGGAUAACAGUCUUGGAAAAACAUGGCAAAUUGAAAAAUAUGGAAAAUUACUGAAAGCCUGCCUGCUUUCGUAGGCACUUCAUUCCUGUGAGGUUUUUUUUUGUAUGAAACAUAGUAAACAGUAUCAUAUCAGCUGUUUCUUCAAACAGAUUAACUCUACAUUGUCUGGUGUCUUCAUGUUUGUAGCAAUACUGCAUACUUGCCAACAUUUGGAAACUGUUCACUUUAGUAUGUGUUGUAAUUCUAAUGAUUACACAUACUAAUUUGGCAAAUCACUGAAAAUAAAAUGAGAACUAAUGAACUUAAAUAAAAUAGUAUGUGUAAUAAAUUAUCCAAUUAAAAGUCGCCUUACAUCUGCCAUUCUCAAUUUGUGGUGGUAUAUGGACCUGACACUGGGUAAAGUCUAGUGAAAGAUGGAUAGACGGAUAGAUGAAUAUAGGGACUGUUGGCAUGUAUGAUACUUUAUUCUGGAUUCUUGCAUUUAGAUUCAUGAAAUUGGAAUUGACUACUAUGUGCACACUACACUUUGAAGUAAGAAGAAGAAAAAAAAAAAAUAACACUCAUAUUCAAAUAACAUUCAAACCUUCUUAUAACAACAACUCAGGGGGCCACCGCAGAUUUAAACAAAGUAGGGGCCAGUAAAAUGUUGCAUAUACAUUUGUGUAACUGCGCUCUCAUAUGGCUGAUGGAUUUUCAAUGCACACAGCAACCCUGACAUGUAUUCUAUAAUACAUAAAACCUUCUCCCUGCUGCAGUUUCUCAGUUUCAGUUAUGAUGAGAAAGACAACUGACAGCCUUUGAUAGAGAGCUUAGUCAGAAAGAUCACUAUAGACAGUAGGUUGCUCUGCAUAGGGAUUUUAAUACAAGUUUAACUCUAUAUGGUUCAAUAUUGUAUUUUUUACAGAGGAUUUGCAUUUGUACAAAUCUCUACAGCAGUUAUACUGUAUGUACAGGGCUGUGUAGCUGAACUUAAAGCCUUCCUUGUACAGCUAAGAAGAUAGAUGCUUAACAUAGAGGCAUGCAUCCAAUAUUUAAGUGUGGAUGGAAGAGUGGAAUGGGACAGGAGGCACUCUGUGUUCAAUCCACCUGAGGGAUUUAACCCCCCCCCCCCCCCC